AUGCGCAGCCGAGGAUGGGCUCCGGGGACACACCAAAGGAGCCACCAUUGUGCUGUCAUCGACCCAUCACUGGUUGCAUCACAGUCGUAUCCAGGCGAUGAGCCUCAAGAGUUCACUGUGAGCAGAGGAGUCAGCAGACUUGGUCGUUGGUUCCUGUGGCUGCAGUUGGCAUCCUUGUGUUGCCAACAGCUUCUGAGGAAGAGGAGCCCUUUUGGCCUUCUGCGUCACCCAACCCUGCCUGUGCAGUGUUGGGAUAGAGGAGUAGUGACAAGUCUCCUGAGAGAGACACCUCGGCUUGCUGCCCCUGGCAGCACAGCCCUGCCUGGUGUGGGACCCCUCACCCUCACCACUUUUCUUAGAGUCUGCCUUUCUCCUUCCCUCGCUUCCUCUGUCUCGCUCAGGAUGGCAGAGAGACCCCCUGGCACCCCACGGCAGGCCUGGGAAGAGAAGGGUGAAGCCACCCUGACUCCCAGCUCUGUGGCAGAGCCCAGCAAGGUGUGCGAAGUUGAACCUCUGCAGGCAGCGGUGCCAAGGGACGAGAGGGCCCUAAAAGCCAUCAUACGCUUCACCAAGUGCAGACUAGAGCAAGUGGGCCAGAAGCUCCUCUUUCUGGCCACUCUCUGCACCUUCUGCACCAUCACCACUGUGGGCUCCACCAUGUGGGGAGUGUUCCGCUACUUCCAGGAGGAGGUGAUGACAGCCAUUCAGGUGAUGUUGCAAGAGGAGCCCGAUGACUGCCUGGACACCACUGUGCGGCAGCAAGUCAUGCUGGCCGUCGCAAGCAUGAGUAGAGCCAGGCUGCUUCAGCAUGACAAGGACGCCGUUGUGCAAGCUUGCAUCAAGAGUGUCUUCAGGCUGCCUCCACGGGACAGCCAGGGUUCUGAGGCUUCCCUCUACUCCAAGACCCUGGCCGCGUUGGACAGCAUGUUGGUGACACUGGUGCACAGCGCUGGCACCCGUGGCGUUGUGGAGCUGCAGAGCAUCUUGAAGGUGCUGCUCCCCUACACCUUUUCCCAGCUGGCAGAGGUGCAGAAGAGAGCUGUAGCACGGAUUGCCAGGUUGCUCCACUUCAUCACCACCUACUCCCUGCUAGAGAUCUGCCCCUGCUUUGCUCAAGGGAAAAUCUACAUGCAUGAGUGCGCUGAGAGCCACCACUUUUUGCUGCUGGGGAAGCUGGUGGGGCAGCUCACCCUCUCCUGCACCUGCAAGGACGAGGAGACCUCCUGCGAGGCUGCAGAAGCUCUCUAUCAACUGCAUGUCCUUGUCCUGCAGCAGAGAAAUAAGUCAGAGAGGCAGAACAGUGAGCAGCUGCAGCCCGGCUCAGAGAUGCAGCCCUGGAUUUUCCCAAGGGAGAAACAUGCCAUCGGACUCUGCUGGAUGUUCACAAGAUACCUUCAGCCCUCUGACCAGGCAGAGAUCAUGGUCACGGCCAUCAAGGCCAUGGGCCCCACAAGCAGAUACAACAUCAGUGUGGCUGCCCAGAUGGUAGACAUCUUUGCAGGGGAUUCUGCAUUGCUACCAAGAAUGGUGAAGAGUAUUGUGGGUGUCAUCUUUGAAAACCUACCCUUCAUCAGAGCAGAGGUAGCUCUUAAGAGCGUGCACAGAGCCCUGCUGCUGCUGAUGGACAAACAGCCCAGGGUGGUGGUGGACACUCUGUUGGACUACUCACCAAUAAACAUCAGUGCUGCCCGGACAAUGUGGAAUACAGUGGUCUCCAAGCCCCAGACUGCAAGGAAGGCGCUGCAGGAGCUGGUCAGAGUGCUGACAGACCUCUCGCAGCGCAAGACCUCCCCCUCCCGUGUGGACAACCCACGCCUCCAGUGCCUGUCUGCCAUCAUGUUUGCAUCUGAGGCAGGUCUGCAGCCCAUCUGCCAGGAGGAGGUGCAUGCAAUUUUCCCUCAGCUGUUCCUGGCACUGCUUUUCCAAGUGACAUUCACCACGGAGCUGAGGCCUGAUGAGGUGCUGAUGUGGUGGGGGAAGCAACAUCAGCAUCUCUCUCCUGUCAGGGCUGCAGUGCAGUCCAUGAGAGUGCUGCUCUGCAGAAUGGGCUUUCGGAGCCAGGUGUUUGCCAUCGAGGCACAAGGUGGCUGGGAUGCCCUGCUCAGUGCCCCUACCCACCUCGCAGGAGUGCGCACUGUGGCCAGGGAGAUGAUGGUAAUGCCAAGGUUCCUGCGCUCCUCCUUCUUCUGCCAUCUGGCAGAGCUCCUCAGUGUGGAGGACCCCACCUGGGAGAUGACUGCCAUGGUCUUCUUCAUUGAGAUACUGGAGCGCUCUGACUCUGAGGACGAGGUGGACCGUGCCCUCGGGAUCUUGGACAUGUAUCUGCGGAGCCAGUGCCUGGGGAUGCCCAGCCUGGUGCUCAGGGCUAUCCUCAGGCUCACCGAGAGGCCUGACACGGCAAGGAAAACCCUCAUCCUGCUGCCACUUGUCAUGGAGCGGCUGCAGGAUGAUGACGACGCCACCAGCGACGCAGCCCUGCACGUGCUUGCCAACAUGCUGCGGCUGCUGGAGGGGAAGACGCUGAGCCUCACCGCCCUGGAGCUGGCUGCCAAGCUCUGGCCACUCUUUGGCUGCGUGUCGGACACUGUGCGGGAGCUCUCCAUCCAUCUCUUCCGAGAUGUGAUGGGGCUUGUGGCAGGCAAAGAAAAGAAGAAGAUGAAGAAUGAAGUGCAGAACAGCCUGCUGCCCCUGCUCUUUCACCUGCAUGACGAGAGCAAGAGUGUGGCCAAGGCCUCCCAAGAAGCUCUCCGCAGCGCUGGCCGCUUCCUCAACUGGAGGAGGCUGGCACAGCUGGCUGGGACUGAGCAGGCAUGGAGGAUCCGCGAGCGCUUGGUAAGCACAGUCCCAACGAGCCUGGCAUCUUCCCUGGGCAGUCCCUGCCACCAGGAUGGCACCAGCGUUGCUGAGGAGCAAUCUGCUCCUUCUGAACCCCAGUGCCACAUGGCAGGGAGCCGGGUGGGCAACUGGCUUAACAAGGGGGGCUGCACGGUGCCAACUCUGCACCCUUCUCCUGUCUCCAGCUGGCAAAGAACAGGAGCAGGACCAAGGACUACCUGCACCAGAGCCAGCGCUACCUGCAGAACCCACAGGUGGCUCUGCGCCUGGAGGCUGUGA